AUGUCCAGCCAGUCCAACUUCCUCGACACCACUGACUGGCCCUUACAAAAAUCACCUCGACAAGAUAGUAUUACAUCGUUGGAUACUCCUUCAGAUACUGCCAGUAUACACUUUACCACUUUCAAUCUGCCGCCCACUCCAGCCCUUUCAGGGCACGGUGAUAGAAGUCGACAGUCAAGCUGCUCGUCAGAGCAGACAGUUCACGUCCCAUUGACCAAGCCGGUCAACAUCUCCUUCAGCAAGGGCAGCAAAUUGUUCAAGUUAAAAUACUCGCAAAUCCAACUCCGCAGAGAUGUGGCAGGCCAGCUCAAGCAGAUUGAGCUGAGUGACCCAGCCGGCCUCCAAACCACCUUCAUCCACUCCUUUCCUGGCACAAAGAUACCCAUUCCUCAUCUCGAGACGCCUGUAACAUCAAGUACCAGCCAUAUCUCCCGGGUAUCAUUCCUCGAGGAGCAGAAUGUGCGGAUGGCCUCGACGUUGUUUCAAGCGCAGCCUUCAUAUACGUUUGAGACAUGGGAGGACUGUGUACACUUCCAAGAAGCGUUGCUCAGCCAAACAGUCAUCUUCACUGCGGGUAUUGCAGAGGCAAAAUCCAAAGGAAGAGGCGAGGAAUGCAUCAGCCAGAAUCUGCGCAUCCUCCGUUCGCGGACUGGGAGGCAGGUCAUACUCUUCUUUGCAAAUUCACAACGAAAGGAAAAGAAGCACUACAUCACCAUUCCCCGUGAGUAA